AUGAGUGUGAUCGAUAUUUUAACUCGAGUCGAUUCGAUCUGCAAGAAGUACGACAAAUACGAUGUUGACAAGCAGAAAGAUCUAAAUGUCUCCGGCGAAGAUGCCUUCGCUCGCCUCUACUCCGGCGUCGAAGCCGACAUCGAUGCCGCUCUUCAGAAAGCCUCGGCAGCUUCCAAGGAGAAAAAUAGGGCUUCUGUAGUAGCGAUUAAUGCGGAGAUUCGUCGCACCAAGGCGCGGUUGCUUGAGGAUGUCCCCAAAUUGCAGAGAUUGGCUAUGAAAAAGGUCUCAUUUUUUUCCAAUUUCGAUUCAUUUUGA